CCGCAGACGCCAGCGAGCCAAUCGGCGCCGCGCCGGGAGUUGCUCCGCGGCCAAUGGGAGGGCGCACUUGAGGCGCCGGCGGCGCUGGCCGUUCUUAUUGCUGCGCAGGGCGUCGUCGCUGCAGCUGCCGCCGCGGUGUGAGGGGCCGGGGCCGCCGCCAUCGAGGGUCGUCACACAUGUCUGGCAGGACGGCGGGAAGGGGUCCCCGGGCCUAGCCUCGUCCCUGGCCUUCUGGUGGCCGUCUUCUUUUGGGGGAAGGUUAUUUAUAGACAACUGUAGAAGAACUGUAACUGUGAUGUUUUAUGUUUGAACAAUGGCAAUGAAUGAUAGCGUUAAUAUCUUGAACUCUGCUUAUCUGGCAGUGGAGUAUAUAGACUCUUUCUUGCCUGAUAAUCCACUGCAGCAACCAUUUAAAAAUGUUUGGAAUUACAUGCUGGAUAACUACACGAAGUUCCAGAUUGCAACCUGGGGAUCACUUAUAGUUCAUGAAGCUUCAUACUUCUUGCUCUGUGUACCUGGAUUUGUCUUCCAGUUCAUACCAUACAUGCAAAAGUAUAAAAUUCAACAGGAUAAACCAGAAACAUGGGAAAAGCAGUGGAAGUGUUUCAAAACACUCCUCUUCAAUCACUUUUUCAUUCAACUGCCUUUGAUUUGUGGAACCUAUUACUUCACAGAAUAUUUUAGUAUCCCCUAUGAGUGGGAAGAAAUGCCUAGAUGGUAUGUUCUACUUGCCCAGUGUUUUGGAUGUGCAGUCAUCGAGGAUGCCUGGCACUAUUUCCUGCAUAGAUUGUUGCACCACAAGAGAAUAUACAAGUACAUCCAUAAAGUUCACCAUGAGUUUGUAGCUCCCUUCGGAAUGCAAGCAGAGUAUGCACAUCCUCUGGAAACGCUUAUCCUUGGAACUGGCUUUUUUAUUGGAAUUGUUGUUUUCUGUAACCAUGUGAUUCUUCUGUGGGCAUGGGUAAUAUGUCGUUUGAUGGAAACCAUUGACGUACACAGUGGCUAUGAUGUUCCUCUGAACCCUCUUCAUUUGGUGCCUUUCUAUGCUGGAGCCCGUUUUCAUGAUUUCCAUCACAUGAACUUUAUCGGCAAUUAUGCCUCAACCUUCACAUGGUGGGACAGAAUCUUUGGUACAGACUCUCAAUUCAUUGCCUAUAAAGAAAAAGAGAAGAAACAGCAGCUCAUGAUGAAAAAGAAGGCUAACUAAACUUUCAGUGUAAACAUUCUGAUGCUAAUACUGGUAGUCUACUUUGCUUUUCUUUAAAGCAAAAUGGUGAUCGAGUAUUAAGCAUAAAUCUUGUUCCUUGGCUACUAAGUGGUAGGGAAAAACCGCUAAUUACACUGCAGUAUCUUCCUAAUUGGGAAUGCUUUCUAUCUUAUACAUAAGUACUGCAUAUAUAUUUUAACUACAGACUUAAAGAUGAUGCAAAAAAUCUUAGAUUACUUGGAUGCACUUGUUUGCAGGAAUUUUAUUCAAUUUUAUCUUUAAUAUUGCCCACUUUGGAGCUAGGUAAAAUUAUAAAUGCACGCUGAAAUUGGACUUAACUUUUUUAAAAUAUGUAUUCUCAAAUUUGCAGUAUCAAACAGCAGAACAUAUGAACUGGUAUCAGCACUAUGUUAUUUACAUAAUGGGUAAAAUUUGCUUAAAACCAAAACAUCUGUUAAUAAGGAGCUUGGGCAGGCCAUUUGCACACUGAAUAAUGCGAACUGUUAAUACCAGAAGAGCUGGCUAAAUGCUAGUUAUCAAGAUCAGGAAUGUCUCUGCUUUCAUUACAUUAUUUUAGAUUACAGAUAAAAAGGGUAGAAAUUUUUAUUUGAAGAAACCAUUUUUGCUGCUCUUUGAAGUUGCUCUGUCAGUGUAAUUAGCAUUUACAUUACAUUCCUUUCUGUGUGUUGUAAUUUGCUGAACUGACUUGUUGCUACAUUUGCACUUGUGACUGAUGGAAUAAAUGUGAUUUUGGUUUGAGGUGUA